AACGAGAAUCAAGUGAGCGAGGCUAGGGAAAACAGAAUUUCGUGAUUUCGCUGAGCUCAGUGGAGUGGGUGUGGGAACAGUGAAGAGACAGGCCAAGAUGGAGUCCAAAACAAAGAUAGUCCUUGCUGUGAUUGUAGUCAUUUUAGCAAUCGUUAUAGGGUUGCUGGCAAGUUCAUUCAGAAGAAUAAGUAGCGAAGAAGUUGGCAUCAAAUAUGACAUUCACCAAAACAAGCUUGGAAGUGACAUACUUCAAGAGGGCCUCCAUCUUGGACCUCCUGGCUAUGAAUUCAUAAAGUUUCCAAAAGUUUUUAAAACAAUUUCAUUUUCAAAGCUGAAGUGUCUUAACAAAGAUGGGUUGACAAUUGAACUUAGUGUCCAGUUUCAAUACAAAGCCAAUGAGAAAGGAAUCAAGAACUUAAUUAUGGAAUUUAAGAAUCAUGAUAUUUAUGUUAAAGUGCUGAGACACGUUGCCUCAUCAGCUAUACAUGAUUCAUGUAGUGAAUUCAAUGUUACACAAUUCCAAACAGAAAGGGCGAACUUCAAGACAAACAUAUUCAAUAAGCUGACUAAAAAGCUUGCUGUUUUGAAUGGAAUAAUAUCAGAUGUUCAGGUUAACAACAUUCAACGACCAUCUGAAUACGAGAAAGUGAUUCGCGAGAAGGAAUCCGCGAAACAGAAUAUCGCAAUUGCUUUGAGCGAACGUCCUCGCGUAAUCACAGAAGCAACUACGAAGUUAAGGGAAGCGGAAACACAGGCAAACAUUACCAUUCAAACAGCAGAAACAGAGGGUCGAAUCUUGAAUACAAAGGCCAAAUCAGAAGCUGAUGCCAUCACAAAUGCUUACGCGACAGAAGCGAAGACAUACAAAGAUAUAAUGCUGAAGCAAAGUCUGUCAGUUGAAGGUUUGUUAUCGUACCUUGCAACGCGAGCCAUCCAGUCUGCUGCAAAACCAAUUUAUAUCAAUAUGGAUGCCCCAGCAAAAACAAAGUUCCCGUAAUGUCAAGUACAACUGAUGGCGCACUUUGCAAUUUCUUUUGCAUACUCACUAGCAUCUUUAAGUUUUUCAUAUAUAACGAUUCGAUAGCUGUCUUAAAAUUGUUCGAUAAAUCUUGCCGGUAACCAGUUAUUAUGCCAGCUUAAAGUAAGGGGAGGGGUUGGGUAAUUUGGGCCAAAGCUCAGAACCCUCUAUUGGCGAUGUCACCCUAUAGUUAUGCAUAGUUUCAUAAGUCAUUGAUUGAUAUUUCGGCAAAUCUGCAUGCAAGAAUGAAGCUACCGUAUUGCGAUCCCGUUUACCUGGAGCAGAAAAAAAUAUUCGAUGCUUCAGAAAAUAUUUGAGGUUGCAGCAGAAGAACUUUAACUUGGCAAUUCUUUUAAGUUUUCAAAAGCUGCCAACCAGCUCGUCUUCACUUCAUCAUCUAGUGCUACGUCGAUCAUUUGUGAAAUCGACUUGCUCUUGACAAAGGCCUUCUGUCAAGAAAUAAAUUUGUUCGGCUCUUUAUUCUUUAAACUGCUUGCUUUGUAAUCAAUAAUUGGCUAUUUAAAUCCAGUAGAUAGACAUAUGCACUUGUUUUUCAUUAUUCACAUUACACCUACCAAUA